GCGGGGUUCAGUUUUAAAGUGCCAGGGAUAGGGAUAGGGAUAGGGAUAGGGAAUGGAAUUGGGCAUCGUCAAUUCAAUUGAGCAGUGGCAGGCAGCGAUGGAGACCUCCCCAGGCGUGAGGAUGAUAGAUAUAGCCGUCAACUUAACAGAUGGCAUGUUUAAAGGGAUGUACAACGGCAAGCAUUAUCACCCUGCUGAUAUUCAUACCGUCCUCAAAAGGGCAUGGACUGCUGGAGUAGAUCGCAUUAUUAAGGUCACUGGUGGUUCCCUUGAGGAGUCCAAGGAGGCGCUGGCCAUUGCGGAAACAGAUGGACGUCUUUAUUGCACAGUGGGCGUACACCCCACCAGAUGCAAGGAGUUUGAUGAUGGUGGAGAUCCAUACCAACACUUUCAUGCUCUCAUGGAACUGGCCAAGGAAGGACUUGAAAAGGGAAAGGUGGUUGCAAUUGGUGAAUGUGGAUUGGACUAUGACCGACUUCACUUCUGCCCGUCCGAAAUCCAAAAAAAGUAUUUUGAAAAGCAGUUUGAAUUGGCUGAGGCCUUGAAACUUCCAAUGUUUCUGCACAUGCGUGCUGCUGCUCAAGAUUUUUGUGAAAUUUUAGAUCGGAACAGGACACGGUUCAUUGCUGGGGUUGCGCAUUCAUUCACUGGCAGUGUAGAUGAUCGCAAUCUGCUGCUAUUGUUUGAUAACCUCUAUAUUGGUGUAAAUGGAUGCUCUUUCAAAACUACUGAAAAUCUUGAUGCUAUCUCUGGCAUUCCAGUUGAGAGAAUGAUGAUAGAGACGGAUUCACCAUAUUGUGAGAUAAGAAAUACCCAUGCUGGGAUAAGUUUUGUGAAAUCCAUGUGGUCUUCUAGAAAGAAAGAAAAGUAUGAUCCUGAGUGUGUUGUGAAAGGUCGGAACGAGCCUUGUGCUGUAAGGCAGGUUCUUGAGCUGGUAGGAGGUUGUAAGGGCAUUGAGGAUCUCAGUCGGUUGAGUAGAACACUGUACGAGAAUACUUGCAGGGUAUUCUUUCCACAAGACAUAGACACCAUGGCAAAUGCUUUGAUUUCCAGUGGUGACCACGAUAUUUUGUGAAAAUUGUAAUCGAAUAUUAUUGGACCAUCUACAGCCAAUUUCUUAAAUCUCAUGGGGUUGAGGUAGACAUAGGCCAUCAACGAUAGUUGCAGACUAGAUGUGGUAUUAUCAACUUUGGCAUGUUUCUCAUCAUUUGGCUAGAAAAUAAUAAUUGUAACGAUGUUAUUUCCAAAGCCAAAUCAGCCAUCAUGUAAGGUAGUCAUUAUAUUCGGGUAUGUUUGACAAAACAUGAUUCUAACCUUUGGAUUUUUAAACAUAUGAAUGAAAAGCAUUGCUGGCUUCUCAUGUUUUUU